AUGUGCAACAAAUCAUUAUCAUAUACUUUCUCAGUGCUAGCUGCAGUUGGGCUCUUUGCAACAUUUGUUGCUGCAGGAGGAGAAGAACCUGUUCUUGAAUUUUACAUGCAUGACAUACUUGGAGGCAACAGCCCCACAGCAAGGCCAAUCACUGGCCUGCUGGGAAACAUCUAUAAUGGUCAAGUACCCUUUGCUAAGCAGAUAGGCUUCCUCCCUCCCAAAGGUGGCGUGGCAAUUCCAAAUGCCAACGGUGCCAUUCCAACAGUCAACGGUAUCAAUGGCGUCCCUCUGGGAACAGGCUUGGCUGGUUCAACUUUUGCAGGCAAUCCUAAUAAUGUUCAGACCCAACUAGGACCGGAUGGUCUUGGCCUAGGUUUUGGGACUAUAACUGUCAUUGAUGACAUAUUGACAGCCAGUCCUGACUUGGGGUCACAACAACUGGGGAAAGCUCAGGGAGUGUAUGUAGCAAGCUCUGCAGAUGGUACUACACAGAUGAUGGCAUUUACAAUCAUGAUGGAAGGAGGAGAAUACAACGACAACCUCAAUCUCUACGGAGUUUACAAGAUUGGAAGCGCAAUGUCACAUUUGUCGGUGACUGGUGGGACCGGCAAGUUUAAGAAUGCUUAUGGGUUUGCUGAGAUUCGUCCCUUAAUCCCACCUGGUCAACAUGUCACUGAUGGUGCAGAAACAUUGUUAAGGAUCACUGUCCAUCUAAAAUACUGAGAACGUACGGCUAAGAAUUAUCUCACUUGUUUGUGUGUGAUGAAUUUGGUGAUGUA